GCCGCCGACCAAUUCGCCCUCGAACGACUACCCCCCCUUCAACCACCCGCGUUCUCGGCCGUUUCUUUCGCCAAUUCACCACCCAGAAACGCAAACAUGGCUGCUGUCCAGGGAGCUAUUUCGAAGCGCCGCAAGUUCGUCGCCGACGGUGUCUUCUAUGCCGAGUUGAACGAGUUCUUCCAGCGCGAGCUGGCUGAGGAGGGUUACUCCGGUGUCGAAGUCCGUGUCACUCCCACCGUCACCGACAUCAUCAUCCGCGCCACCCACACCCAGGAGGUUCUCGGUGAGCAGGGUCGCCGCAUCCGCGAGCUCACCUCCCUCAUCCAGAAGCGCUUCAAGUUCCCCGAGAACUCUGUCUCCCUCUAUGCCGCCAAGGUCCAGAACCGCGGUCUCUCCGCUGUCGCUCAGUGCGAGUCCCUCCGCUACAAGCUCCUUAACGGUCUCGCCGUCCGCCGUGCCUGCUACGGUGUCCUCAGAUUCAUCAUGGAGAGCGGUGCCAAGGGUUGCGAGGUCGUCGUUUCCGGAAAGCUCCGUGCUGCCCGUGCCAAGUCCAUGAAGUUCACUGACGGUUUCAUGAUCCACUCCGGUCAGCCCGCCAAGGAGUUCAUCGACAGCGCCACCCGCCACGUUCUCCUCCGCCAGGGUGUCCUCGGUAUCAAGGUCAAGAUCAUGCGCGGUUCCGACCCCGAGGGCAAGGCCGGCCCCCAGAAGACCCUCCCCGACUCCGUCACCAUCAUCGAGCCCAAGGAGGAGCAGCCCAUCCUCCAGCCCAUCAGCCAGGACUACGGUGCUAAGGCUCUUGCCGCCCAGCAGGCCGCUGAGCAGCAGCGUCUGGCCGAGCAGCAGGCCACCGAGGGCCAGGAGGGUGCCGCCCCCGCUGAGUUCGCUCAGGAGUAAAAAAAUUAAUUGGAUUUCCCUCUUCUUUUUUUUCCCUCUCUUCUUAGGCCCCCACCUGCUCUUUUCUCUUUUUCUUCGUUUCCUGUCCGACCUACCUAUAUCUCUCUUACCUGACGCAAAAUAAACAAACUUCAUGAUCACUAUCCAUCCGGAAGAACCGUGUUUAUUGUCAUCUCCCUCGUUUCCCGCUUCCCGUGGCGGACGGGGGACGUCAGUAUCUCUCUCAAAAAGACCUUUUCCUCCCUCUCAUGUCUCUAAUUACCUCGCUCGAUAUACACACCCUGAGUCGAUAUGGCCUAGGUAGGAAAGACAGAAAACAAGGAAAAGAAAAAAAAGUCAAAAUUCAUGCCCGAAACGAGUUCUAG